AUGAACCGGGACGCAGAGCCGCCCGUCUUCCGAUCCAAUCUCAUCCACGGACCCGCCCGCCGUGGCAGCCACUAUGCAUCACCGCCGCCCUCGCCGCGCCCGCAACACGGCCAGAAACCAAUCGUCCAGACGAGCGCCCUCCUGCAGCUGCCUGCCGAGAUCAGGAUCCUCAUCCUCGUCGCCGCCUUUGGCGACCGCACCAUCCACGCCGAUCUCGACCUGGUGAGCACGCCCGCCACCAGCCGCGCACGUCCGCAAACACCGCCCAACGGCCUCGUUCCGCCGCGGCCAGACCUCGUCGACCUCGCCAGCACCGACCUCGCGUGGAAGCCGACGGGCCACCUCUGCCACCGGCGGUGCUUCGACGCCCGCCGCGCGCCCGCCGCGCUGCCCGCGCCGCUCUUCGUCGUCGACCGCGACCGCUGCUUCACCGGCGGCGCGGCCCUGUGCGGCCUCCCCGCGGCCGGGCUCGCCUCGUGCCGCGUCGGCGCGCUCGGCUGGCUUCUCGCCUGCCGCCAGGCGCACGCCGAGGGCGUCGACGUGCUCUACCGCCGCAACACGUUUCGCCUCAACGAGUCGUUUGCGCUCGAGAACAUGGCCCGCAUCGCGCCCGCAACCAGCAGCCGCGCCGCCAUCGCCCGCCUCUCGCUGUCGCUCACCAUGGGCCGCCCCCGCGUCGCCUCGGACCGCGUCGUCUACCCGCGCCCGCACGACGCCGUCGAGCACCUCCCCCACCUCCUGUCGCUGCUGCCCGACGCCUUUCCGUGUCUCACCCGCCUGCACCUCGUCCUGGCCGGCGAGAUGUGGCCCGCCACCCAGCUGUCGGCGUACUGCGCGCCGUCCGUCGUGCUGCACGCCCGCGUCGCCGGCAUGCUGGCGCAGCUCGAGGGCUUGAUGCGGUGCUGGCGCCGCACCCUGCAGCACUGCGAGGUGGCCUUUGACAGCAGCAUCUACUUUCCCUGGCUGCAGGUCGAGAGGGGUCUCCAGAUUGACUUCAAGGACUAUGCAGACUUUGAGCAGUGUCCGUACACCGUCUGGCGGCCGCUGCCCCCGGACACACAGGAAGCGAAGAGCAGCCCGACGGACCACCGCCCGCUGGCUGGGUAUUGGGUUUCCUUGGAUGCCUGGGACGCUAUUCCGUGGUCCGUCAUGACGGAUUUGUACGGAACGGGGCCAUGGUAA